AUAGCCUGAUAAGAUGAGAAACUCAGUUUUUCUAGAGCCCGAGCCAGAGGUAAAUUUAUAUGAUGAUACUGGCAGAAGUCUCAGCCAAGCAUGGGACCGUAUACGAGUUCCUAUAAUUGUGCCGAUUCUGCGGUUUGCUUUAUAUGUAUGCAUAGCAAUGUCUGUUAUGCUUUUCAUUGAACGGGUGUACAUGGCGAUUGUGAUUGGAUGUGUCAAGUGCUUGGGAAGGAAACGAUAUACCAAGUAUAAUCUUGAUGCCAUAAAAGAAGACCUAGAGCAAAACAGAAACUAUCCUAUGGUGCUGGUCCAAAUACCCAUGUUUAACGAAAAAGAGGUCUAUAAACUCUCAAUUGGAGCUGCAUGUGGGCUUUCAUGGCCAUCAGAUAGACUAAUAGUUCAGGUUCUUGAUGACUCCACGAAUGAAGUCCUGCGGGCAUUGGUGGAGUUGGAGUGUCAAAGAUGGAUAGAGAAAGGGGUGAAUGUGAAGUAUGAAACAAGGAACAACAGGAAUGGUUAUAAAGCAGGUGCACUUCGGGAUGGUCUAAAAAAGCCAUAUGUUGAAGAUUGUGAGUUUGUCGUCAUUUUUGAUGCAGACUUCCAGCCUGAGGAGGACUUUCUGUGGAGAACAGUGCCUUAUCUUCUUGAAAACCCAGAGCUGGCUUUGGUUCAAGCCCGAUGGAAAUUUGUAAAUGCAAAUGAAUGUUUAAUGACGCGGCUUCAGGAGAUGUCACUAGACUAUCACUUCAGUGUGGAGCAAGAAGUAGGCUCGUCAACAUGUUCAUUCUUUGGGUUUAAUGGAACUGCCGGUGUAUGGAGGAUCCAAGCAGUAAGUGAUGCUGGUGGAUGGAAAGAUAGGACCACGGUUGAGGAUAUGGACCUUGCAGUAAGGGCUAGCCUUAAGGGUUGGAAAUUCAUCUUUGUGGGAGAUUUAUCUGUCAAAAAUGAACUUCCAAGCACUUUCAAGGCUUAUAGAUUUCAGCAGCAUCGAUGGUCGUGUGGCCCAGCCAAUCUCUUCAGAAAAAUGUUCAAAGAAAUUCUCCUUUGUGAGCGUGUGUCCAUCUGGAAGAAAUUCCAUGUCAUCUAUGCCUUCUUCUUUGUGAGGAAGAUAGUUGCACACUGGGUUACUUUUUUCUUCUACUGCAUCGUGAUCCCAGCAACUAUCUUAGUUCCUGAAGUGCAUCUUCCAAAGCCAAUAGCAGUUUAUCUGCCAGCAACCAUUACACUUCUUAAUGCAGCUAGCACUCCAAGGUCCUUGCAUCUACUCGUGUUCUGGAUACUGUUUGAGAAUGUCAUGUCCCUCCAUCGAUCCAAAGCAGCAAUUAUAGGACUUUUAGAAGCCAGCCGAGUUAACGAGUGGAUUGUGACGGAAAAGCUUGGAAACGCAUUGAAGCAAAAGUACAGCAUCCCCAAAGUAUCUAAGAGACCAAGAUCACGAAUUGCAGAAAGGAUCCACUUUUUGGAGCUGAUAAUGGGAAUGUAUAUGCUGCACUGUGCUUUCUACAACAUGAUCUUUGCAAACGAUCAUUUCUUCAUAUACCUGUUACUUCAAGCAGGGGCUUUCUUCAUAAUAGGGCUUGGUUACAUUGGAACAAUUGUCCCUACUUAAGAAGCUAGGCAUACCGAAAAUAAAGCCUCCAAAAGGACAAGCAGGCUGCUGGAAGCUACUGUCAUUUGGUAUAUCCAUCUUGUAGCAUACUACUAAGUCAUGGUAUUAUUUUUCAAUGUUCUUUAUACUGUGUGUCCUCAAGGGUCUCUGCACUUCGGGCCCCCCUUAAUAUAGACGAGUACAGCAAGUCAACUUGGUUCUUGAAUAAAAAUGUAAUUCACUGGUACCAUGUUUUAAAUU